AGAGUAGUAUCACUCGUGUGUUCAAUUAGGCAAACGCCUUUUACGAUUUUUCGACUUCGCGAUACAAUCUCAAUAUUAAUUAAUUAAUUCACAAGAAAUAAUUAAUUUUUAACAGAAUUCGUAAUUCUUACGAAAUUCUUUUCUGACAUCGCGAUGCGUCACGUCUGACACAUAUCUCUACCUCUGCUUUAAAUAAUGUAAAUAUUUGUAGAGAAAAUCUUGCACAAAUGCGAAAACAAGAUCUCAAAGUUAUUACAAAACUGGCUCGAUGCCUAUAGAAAACGAUACGCGUAUGAAACGUUCGGUAUAAAAGAGGAUUAAAGCAUCAAGAGGCAAAGUAUCGAGAGGAAAUAAUACGCAAAUGCAUCUGUGAUCCAGAACCAUGGAACCGCGUGAGGCAAUGGAAUUACUCAAGACUCAUCUGCGAGAAAAUAAUCUUGCGCAAGAUGAAUCUCAGACCACAUGGACCAUCAAGUGCUCUCCCUUGGGAGGUCGCGGCAUGUUUGCCACACGGGACAUUCGAGCUGGCGAAUUGAUUUUUAUAGAUGUCCCGCUGUUGAUAGGACCGCGAUGCUACAACAAGUACCAAGCGAUGUGUGUCGUCUGUUAUAAAAACAACUGUCCCCUGUUUCCUUGCGAUCAUGGUUGCGGUUUGCCGAUCUGUUCGACGGAAUGCGAGAACUCGAUGACGCACUGUCAAGCCGAGUGUCGUUUACUCAAGGAGUGGAUGCCGCUCUGCGGUUCCUCCUGGUCCAAGGAUCUGCUGCUCGCGGUACUACCGAUACGCGGUCUUACGUUGUCGAAGGAGCAACGUAAACUCUUGUAUGCCUUCAAGUGCCAUUCGAAUUUUACUCGUAACUAUGAGCUCGAUCUACUCAAAAGAAACGUGAACAACCUUCCCAGCGAGGAGCAAAUGGAGUUUAUGAAACACAUUUGCGAAGUCUUCAACACGAAUUCCUUCGAAGUCGUGGUCGCGAUGAAUGAGGACUGCACCACGAGUUUACGCGGUCUUUACCCCUUAGGUGCCUUUCAGAAUCAUUGUUGUGUGCCGAACACCAGACAUCACUUCGAUGACCAUCAACGACUAUACGUGAGCGCCUCGCUGCCGAUCGCUGCUGGCGAGGAGCUCACUAUGUCUUACACCAAUCUCCUGUUGGAUACAUUGAGCAGGAGACAGUUCCUGAAGGUCACCAAACAUUUCUCCUGCAACUGCAGAAGAUGCUCCGAUCCUUCGGAAUUCGGAUCUUAUCUCGGAGCGCUUUUCUGUGCGAAGGAUGAUUGUUCCGGAUAUUUGCUACCACGUAAUCCUCUCAGUUUUGAAUCUCCCUGGAUCUGUGACAAGUGUCAGAUCAGCAUGAACCACAGACAGAUUGAAUGCAUUCAUUCAAUGUUGAACACACUUGUACUUGACGCGAUACACAAGACUCCGCGUGAGAUUCUAAAAUUUAUAGAAACAGUAUUAUCGAAAUUGAUUCCAAAGACUAAUUACAUCAUGAUGGAUAUCAAAUAUCAUAUAAUUUCCUACUUUGGUAGAGUGCCAGAUCUAAAAUGGGAAGAUCUUACGGAUGCAGAUCUUAGCAUCAAGAAAAUGUAUUGUAACGACACACUUUCUAUGUUAGAUGCUUUAGGUUCUGGAGAUUCUAUUAAAAAAGGUCUUGUUUUAUACGAGCUAUAUCGUACAAAUCUUGAAUUAUCUAAGCGUAAGAUUUCGGAAAAACAAACACAUCCGCGCAUCGAGGAUAACGAUAAUAAAUAUUUAUUACGACAGGCAAUGGAUAUAUUGCAAAAUGAUGUCAAUGCAGCUUGUGUUCGCAAAAGUGAUUAACGCGAAGACACCGUCCUAAAAUUGUAUUUAUUGCAUUAUUUGAUAUCUAGGAUAUACAUAAUGUGUGUAUGAAUAUAUUUGAAAUAAUGCAUCAUAUAUUGCUAUGUAUAUUAUGAUUUUCACAAUCUAAUCAUUUGGUUUCGUACUUUAUAUAUUCGUAUGAUAUACUACAUCUUAUGAUAUAUAUUCGUAUAAUAUACUACAUCUUAUGAUACAAGAAAUGUAUGUGAAUAUAUACAAAUAUAGUUAUUAUGAUAAAAAUAUGUGCAUAAGCGAUUAUAUUAUGAUGAAAACUGUGUAUUUAACAGAGAUUAAGCUUGAAAAUUUAAGUUAAAAUAUGUAAAUUCAUUUGAUUUUUAA